AUGAAUGGCCAGGCGGCACUUGAAGAAGGCUUCAACUUUAUUCUCUUCGAUGGCCCGGGACAAGGCAAAGCUCUGAGAGAGCAGCGCCUCGUUUUCAGAAACGACUGGGAGACUGUAAUCACUGCGGUUGUCGACUAUGCUCUUGGCCAGCCCACAGUCAUCGCAAACAAGGUGUUCCUUAUGGGCAUCAGUAUGGGUGGCUACCUUGUCGGAAGAGCUCUAUGUUUCGAGCAUCGAUGCGCGGCCGCUAUCGUCAACGACGGGGUUUGCGACUUUGGCGCUGCAUCUCAUUCCCAGAACCCUGGCCUUGGCAGAUUCCUGCUCCGCAAUGGUUGGGACGCUACGAUGAAUGCUCCAAUGUUCCAGAUGAUGCGCUAUUAA